AUGACAUCACUGCCCUACGACCUCACAGCCCUACGACAUCACUGCCCUAUGACAUCACUGCCCUAUGACAUCACUGCCCUACAACAUCACUGCCCUAUGACAUCACUGCCCUAUGACAUCACAGCCCUACGACCUCACAGGAAUGCUCUUGCGACGUUUGGCCGAGGGUCAGAACCGCAGCCUACUCCGAGUCCGUCCACAACCUCUGGACUUAGCAACAGGGAAACAAAGGACACCGUCGCCCCGGAAACAGUGGCCACAGCUGGAAAUAUGUUGGAUCCUCUCAUUCCCUCACAGGCCAUAAACAACGAGUUACUGGUGGGAGCGGUGACUCUGCCGUCCAGGAGCCUGCCCAGCCGAGCCUCUCCUCUCCACCUGCUUCACACCAUCCCCGUCCUGCUGCUUUUACUUAAUCUGUUCAACGACGGACAGUAA